AUGCUGUCUCUCUCUUUCUGUCCACCAUUUUUGCCUCGAAGCUUUUUGCUGAGAGUUCUCGCUUCGAUCAGCCAGCCAAUGCGAAGCAUGGUGCAGCUCAGGCUACUGCUGGUGGUCUUCGUGCUCCUCGCCUCCUGCUGGCUUCAGCUGCUGCUCGCGUUCCCGUUUCCCCUCCCGUUUCUUGGUCCCUUCACGAGCCAACACGACAUCGAUGCGAUAAACGAGCUGUACGCGUCACUGGGCUCGCCUGACCUCCAUGGCUGGGCUUCUUCAGGAGGAGACCCCUGCAUGGAAGCAUGGCAGGGGGUGCUAUGCCUUGGCCCCAACAUAACCUCGAUUGAGCUCAGAGGUGCAGGCCUGGGAGGGAAGCUGAGUGAGACACUGGGGAAGUUCACUGCCAUGACAACACUGGAUCUGAGCAACAACCGGAUUGGCGGAGUGAUUCCUCAGAGCUUACCAGCUGCAGUAACACAAAUGGAUUUGUCUUCGAAUAAUAUAAACGGCAAGCUCCCGGAUUCGAUGGCGAAUCUGGACUCGCUUUCUACACUGCAUGUUCAGAACAAUCAGCUAACUGGAACACUUGAUGUGCUAGGAGAUCUGCCCCUGAAAGACUUGAACGUAGAGAACAAUCUUUUCUCAGGACAAGUCCCAGAAAAACUGCUCAGCAUCCCAAAAUUUCUAAGAAAUGGCAACCAUUUUGGCAUCCCGGCGAUCCCCGGGUCUUCUCCAACUCCGGCUACCCCCAGCAUCCCCGGCUCCCAUCCGACUCCAGCGGCGGCGGCGGCGGCGGCGGCGCCUCGAUCUGGUCCUGCUACUAAUGCCUCGCACCCUCCCAUAUAUGUAAUUCCGGCCACUCCACAGGGCGCUGCACGGGGCGAGCCACCGAGGCACGGCAAGAAGGUCUCGCCGGCGAAAGCCGCGGGGUUUAGCGUCCUCGCCGCCGGGUCACUGACCAUUGCCGUGCUCCUGGUCGUGUUCGCCGUGUCGAGACGGCGGCGGGAGACGUCUCACCUUCACGGUGGGUUUCUGAGGGGAGUCGAGAUGAGCACGCCGGAUUGGAGAGGGAAGCCUCCGAGACAAGAGGGUGCAGUUGUCAAGGCAGACAAAGAACAAAGCAUAGUUCCAGGAGAGAAGGCUACCAAGAGCAGCAUUUCUUCACAUCAGAAUGUUCAGGAGAGUUUACGAGGCCAUCCAUUGCAAUUUAAGUUCAGAUUCUUCACAGUUGCAUCCUUGCAACAGUACACUAACAGUUUCAGCGAGCAGAGCCUGGUUAGGCAAAACCUGUUCGGCAAAAUCUACCUAGCAGAGCACCAAGACAUCAAGUUUGCAGUACUGAAGCUCGAUGAUGCAAUCGCGAGAAUGGCAGUGGACGAGUUCUUGGGGAUGGUUCAGAGAAUCUCUGAGCUCCAGCAUCCCAGCAUCGAGGAGCUCGCAGGAUGCUGCGUCGAGCACGGUCAGAGGCUGCUCGUCUACAAGCAUUUCAGCGACGACACCCUCGACGACAUGAUCCAUCUGAAGCAGCAGCAGCAGCAGCAGCUGGUGUCAUCAGAUGAUCGAGUUCAUCAUGGCAAGAUCGCUCUUCCGUCAUGGGAUGCCCGGGUUGCCGUCGCCCUCGAAGCUGCAAAAGCCCUAGAGUACCUCCAUGAGGGCGGUCAGAGGCAGGCUGUGCACCGGCAUUUCAGGCCUGAGCAUGUUCUGGUCGACGGCGAGAUGCGAGUGCGCGUGUCUGGAUGCGGCCUUGCUGCUGCUGCUGCUGCGAAAUCCGGCUCGGAUCUUCAGCCGGAGCGCUGCAUCGACGCGCUGAGCUACGAGCCACCGGAGGCGGAGGCGGCGGCGGCGGCGCCAUGGACGGCGAAGGGCGACGUGUACAGCUUCGGGGUGGUGAUGCUGCAGCUUCUGACGGGGCGCAGGCCCUGCGACAGCGCGCGGCCGCGGGGGGAGAGGCGGUUGGUGCCGUGGGCGAGCUCGCGGCUGCACGACCUGACGGCGCUGGAGAAGAUGGCCGACCCGCGGCUGGCGCCGGCGCCGGCGCCGGUCAGGUCGCUCUCGCGGUUCGCCGACAUCAUCAGCCGGUGCACGCAGGAGGAAGCGGAGUUCCGGCCGGCGAUGUCGCAGGUGGUGCAGGAUCUGCGGCGCACGCUGCAGAGCGCACGCGGCGCUGGUGGAGAGCAGAGCUGCAGUAUACUCCUGAGCGUUGCCGGGAAAAAGAAAUGAAAUUGCACCUGUGUAAAAAUACAUAGUACUGCUCCAUAAUCAGACAAAUUUCCCGGUAA